UCACCGGUUGUAAUAAAUUUGUUGUUGACUUGUCAAUUGAGAAAUGAUUCAACGAUAAUUUUAGAAUAAAAGAGUUUGUUUUUUAUUCUUCACCCUCGUGGAGAGGGUACACUGUCAACAUGGCCACAAGAGGACUCACAGAAGUUUUCAUUUUAAUGAGAAAUAAUGCUUUACAAAGUAGACAUAUUUUUUCAGAGCAGACAGCUGAUGAUCGCAUGGCAUUGAUGUCAACAUCGUUAGAUCCUGAACUGGGAAUAGCUUCCACCAGAUCAUCUACACUACCUCCUGACUGGGUUGAUGGUGUUGAAGAAAUCCAGUUUGAAGCAUCAAGAAUCAAGAGAAAAAUGAAGGAGUUAUCUUCCCUACAUGAUAAACAUUUAAAUCGACCCACAUUAGAUGAUAAUGUUGAUGAAGAACACGCUAUAGAAAUCCAGACACAAGAAAUAACACAGAUGUUUACGAGAUGCCAAAGAUUAGUUCAUCAGAUUAGUAAUAAAAGUCAACAGGGUACGGCACAAGAAAGAAAGUUAUCAAUAAAUAUUGUUUCAUCUCUAGCCAGGAUGAUUCAAGAAAUGUCAUCCAAUUUCAGAAAAUCUCAAUCAACAUAUCUUAAAAAAUUAAAGAAUAGAGAAGAACGAUCUUUACAGUAUUUUGGUCCGAAUAUGGGUGCUGAUUCGGCUUUAAUGGAAGAUUUAAUGGGUGGAGAUGAUGUUGUUUAUGAUAGGGGUUUUAGUUCUAAACAGAUGCAACUAGUAGAAGAAAAUACAGUCCAAGUACAACAUAGAGAGAAAGAAAUAUUACAAAUAACACGAUCAAUACAAGAUUUAAACGAAAUAUUUAAAGAUUUAUCAACUAUGAUAGUAGAUCAGGGCUCUAUAUUAGAUAGGAUAGAUUAUAAUAUAGAACAUGCUAGUAUCGGAGUAGAAAAAGGUUUACAGCAAUUACAAAAAGCCGAAAAAUAUCAGAAAAAGAAUAGAAAGAUGUACAUAGUUAUGGUUUUAGCCGUUAUUAUUAUACUGUUAAUUAUUAUACUUAUAGCAACAAAGAGCUAGCAUAUA